AUGAAUAAAACGCAGUUCCUUUUUCUACUUUCUUUCAUUUCGCUACUCUGGAAAGGUGCAGACAUAAAAUGCUCAGCCCCCACUGGGGCUGCUUCUAAAGGCCCCAAUUUCACACAAACGAAGGCCCAAAGCGCGGAAAAAAAUAUGCCCGAUUUGUUCAGCUUAUUUUCCGCAAAACCGAAAUCAGCGCAGCCAAUGUUUAACUUCUAUUUGGAGGAAAAUCGAAAUUUAUGGCUACAUCGCACGAAGAACAAUGAAGCGAGCAGAAAUACGCGAAGACGCUUUGCUGACUUUCAAGAACUCAGACAGAAUGACUUGUCGCGGUUUUACGAACUGAUGGGCAUACAAAAUGAGCAAAUGAAUAUCAUGAAAAAUGCCAUAUUGUCAAUGGAAGAUGUUUGA